ACGGUGGCGGCCACGACAACGUGUCUCCGGCGCCGGCCGUUUAAAUCGCUGUCGCAAACCUAACGCCACUACACCAGCCACAGCCACCGGCGUAGCGCGUUCGUUGCUCUCUCUCUCGCUCUCUGGCUCGCGAUCGGGACGGACCCUGUGCGUGCGACGCGCCCGAUUUAGAUUUUUGAAAAUCACAAAAACAUCAACAGCGACGAAAUAUUUAAUAACGCGCGUGGCUCGACAAAAAGUGAUAGGUUUACUGCACUAUUGAUAAUAUUAUAUUAAUUUAAUCGUACUUAUUUACGCGCCCACGUCGUAUACUCACAAACAGUGGCCGCGAACACGAUAUAUAUACUAUACGUUACGCGCGUCCAGUCGCCGGUCAUCGACGUGCCAGACCGAUACGGCGGUGGUUGGCCAGAGCGUACUGAAAUGCUAGUGACCCCGACAGACGCCGUGGAUCGACCCGACGACGAGGAACGGCGUCGUCAAUCGGACAAGUUUGACGAUGGCGGUGGAGGCUGUGACGGCGGCGGUGACGUAGGUGACGGAGGUGGCGAUGGCGGCGGUGGAGCCGGUGGAGCCGGAGGAGCCGGAAAGAAGAACCGUAAGCGACGAAACCGCAGGAACCGUCAGCGACAACAGACCGAAGAAGGCCACGCGGCCGACGUCGAAUCUUAUACGCCUCCCACAGAAUGCGACAAUUACGGCCAAACUAUCAAUACGGCUAAGGUCAACGACCAAAUCACCGACGACCCCACGGGCGGUGCUGUCGCGGAGGCGACAACACCCCUGACGGCGGCGCAAGUGGUCAAAGGCGUCUGCAGGGCCAACGGCAUUACUUCCACCGAAAUCGCCACAGAGGACGUAACCAUGGAAGUACAGAUCGACGACGAGAUAGACGAAGAUGACGGCGAGCGGUACUCAUCGUAUUCAAUGUCAUCGGUGGAGGACGAAAACGGCGAUGGCAGUGACGGUAGCCGUCAAACCACUGUGACAAAAGUGACUUGUGACGAAGACGACAUUGACCACAACUUAAAUACUCAGACCAAGGAUCACAGUUGUAGCAGUGCUGUGGUAGACACUACUACUUCGCCACCUCCAGAUGUCAUAAUGCAUCACAACCAUGAUGUCAUUAAACGGAAAGGUUCGCGUCGAAGCCGCCGCAAACGUCGGUCGUCAACCACCACCAUGGUGGUUAGCGAUCCAGAUGUCCACAUGGCGCCUGUGGUCGGUACGGUAGGCGAAGAGGAACCGUUGGUACCGUCCCCGUCACUGCCAGCAGAAAUAAUUACGACGGAUACCAUCGACACCACUAUUACCAUUGCGUCAAUCAAUAAUGGUAAUACCAAUAUUGAAUACAAUGAUGAUAAUAUAACUGCCAAAACCGUCGAUAGUAAUGCUACCGAUACCAGUACGACGGUUGUCGACACUACCUCUGCCAAAGACGACAGUGACCACCAGUCCACGGCGACGACUACACUGCAAUCACAACAGCAGCAACAGGAACCAUCAAUGAUCUCGACCGCCGUACAAGAUAUGGUGGGACCAAUGGUACACAUUGCAGCCACUGUAGCAGCUGUCCAGGAUGUGGAGAGUCGGUUAUUGGAAGACUUUGAGUGGAAGCUCAGCGAGGUGCAUCGGCAGUGGAAACGCCGACUGUCGGAGCACGAACGUAAGUUGGCCGAUGAGAUGGCCAAGCGACAGCGUGAGCUGAACGAUGACAUGGACCGGCGGGCAUUGGAGCUUGCAGAAGAGGUGAUGAAAAGGGAACAGAGGAUGGCUGAGGAGAUGGUGGAACAUGAGCGACACCUCAAGGGCGUGUUGAUAAAACGGGAACGAGAUCUCGAGGAGCGGACGGCCGCGGAGAUGGCCGAACGUAAGCUUGAGUUCGAGGCUAUGGCCAAGACUGAAGUGGACGCCCGGAAACAAACGAUAAUGGCCGAGGCAGAGGCAAAGGUGGCCAAGAGAGAGAAGGAACUUAAAGCUGAGGCAGAGGAAGCGAUAGCGGUGGCGAAACGGGAGCGCCGGCUGGCCGCGGUGGAGGCUUCAAAGCGCGAACGGGACGCGGUGGCGACGGCGUUGGCGGAGGCCGCGAAGCGAGAGCAACAGUUAUUGGCGGACGCGGACAAGCGAGAGCGAGACCUCAAGGCCGAAGCUGAUCGCCGGCAAUGGGAAAUGGUUGAACUUGAGGUGGCCAAGGCGGCCAAACGUGAACGCGAGCUGCGGGCAGAAUGGGCGGCCCGGGAACGACAACUGGCCGCGGAGUCAGAGGAACGUGAACAGCGAGCGGUGGAGGCAGCUGAAAGGCAGGUGCGCAGGCAAUGGCGGCAGUGGGAACGGGACGCGAUGGCCGAGAACAGGAAAGCGGUAGAGGAACAACAGGAGCGGGCCGAGCGUGAGCUAGCCACAGCCCGUACAGCGUGGGAACGCGACCGAACUGACCGAAUCGCCGCCCUGGAAACAAGAUGGACGGAUCGUAUGCAGGAUGCUGUUCAAGCGGAACGGGCUAGGGGAGCAGCGGCCGCGGAAGAGUUGCGGCGUACUAGUCAGGAAGAACAGAAGAGAAUUGUGGCCACUGCAACCGCGGAAGCUGCCGCUGAAGCUUGCCGCAAGGCUCGGGCCGAAGCAGAUGCCGAGUUGGUCAAACUGCGACGGGCUGUAGACACGACGGCGCUGUGGUACGAGGACUUACUUGACGCGGCUCGCGCUGAACGGGACCGAUGUACGGAAAGGGCCGACGAAGCGGAACGAAAACAGUCGGAAGCUGAACGGAAACAGUCGGAAGCGGAACGGAAUCUGUCAGAAGCGGAACACAAAUUGUUGGAUGCCGAAAGCGCUAAAACGAAAGCGGAGAAGGAGCUGGUGGAAAUGUCCAGCUGGCUGACGGAAAUGGAAAUUAAUCUGGCCACAGCAAAAAGCGAUCUCGCCAACCUGGAUAAUCUAUUGGUACAAUCAGCCAAUCGGCAGGCGGAAACUGAGAGCAAACUGAAUGUGGCAGAACAAAAAGUUAUCGAAAUGGAAAAAAAGUUGGCCACCUGUGUGACAGUGAAAUCCGCUAAUAACCACCGUGACGACAACGAUGAGAAUGACGAGGACGAAGAUGAGGAAGAGAAAAACGAGGACGACGAGGAUGGUGACGGUGACGUCGAAAGUGCAGCUACAGGCUGUGGUAUGGCCACCGAUGACGAUGACAUAAAUGGCGAGACAGAACCGAAGAGCUGCUGCGUCCGGGCUGUUAAGAGGCGCGUAGCACAACUGAUUGUGUCACAUGGUCAGCGGAUGGAAGAGCAGCGUGAACGGCAUGCACGGCAGAUGCGUCGACAGUUGGAGAUGUUGAUGGAUCAACGUCAACAGCAGCACCACCAUCACCAUCAACAGCAAAAGCAUGAACAACACCAGCAGCCACAGAACCAGCAGGAACAACAACAACACCAGCAACAUCGAAAUGAUCUGGACGAACAUAAUCAGCAGGAAGAGCAUCAACAGCAGCAGAAAAAGGAGCAGCAGCAAAAGCAGGAUGAACAGAAUGAGCAAUGGCAACUCCAGCAGCGGAGGCGUCGACCCCGUGGUGGUGGAGUUGGUGGAGCAGAAAGAUCAGAGGCUGGCAGUGAUCGCAGACCACUACCACAUUCGUCACCGCCUCCAUGCAACGGCGGUAGCGGAAGCAGCAGUAGCAGCCGGAGCAGCCGGCGCCGGAAUAAGCACCGACAACAGCAACAACAACAAACCCCGAACCCAAACCUUCGGGGACCUCCACCACCGCCCAGGCCGUCCGGGAGACCUACCGCAUGACAAACAACGAAUGCUAUUGAAUGUUUAUUAUUUUUACUCAUAUGAUAACUAUUGCUAUUGCGUGGCGUGUACCCACUUUUGUUUAUAAUUAUUUAUUUACGGCUGUAUUUAUUUAUAUUUAUUUAUUUGGGUUUUUUUUAUGACGCGCGUGUUUCAAAAAUACUCUUUUACUAUUAUUACUACUCAUUAUAUAUUAUAUUAUAUUAUG